AUGGAUAUAUUUGUGGAUGAAACCAGUAAGAAUUCUCGUUACGAGAAAGUUUGUUAUCUUGGUGAAGGUCAAUUCGCCAAUGUGUUUCUUGCUCAAGACAACAACAGAAAUGGACAGUUAGUUGCAAUCAAAAAGGUGAAAGCUGGGCCUCGUUGGGUAUUGGCUGAUGGCAUGAAUUUAUCAGCAAUACGCGAGAUUAAGAUACUUAAGGAAAUGGAUCAUCCAAAUGUUCUUAGUUUGCUUGAUGUAUUCAGUCAAGAUAGAUGUAUAUGUUUAGUAUUUGACUUUAUGUCAUCCGAUUUAGAAGCUUUGGUUCAUGAUCCAACAGUUGUUUUGAUACCAGCACACGUUAAGGCUUUGAGCCUGCAGCUUCUUCGAGGUGUAGAAUAUCUACACGCCAAUUGGAUACUUCAUAGAGAUUUAAAACCAAAUAAUCUGUUUCUCAGUUCACAGGGCAAAGUUAAAAUAGGUGAUUUGGUUUAG